AUGGCGCAACCCACAACAACUGCUACGUUCACAAUACAACCUCCAGAGCCAUUCGAUUUUACCAAGCCUCAAGAAUGGGAGCGUUGGAUUAGGAGAUUUGACCGCUUUCGGCUUGCAAGCAAUUUAAACGCAACCUCGGAAGAAAACCAGGUAAACACGUUAGUGUAUUGUAUGGGCGAUGAAGCCGAAGAUGUGCUUAAAGGGCUUACGCUAACUGAAGAUCAGAGAAAGAAGUAUACGGAUGUUGAGGCGGGCUUUGAUGCAUUUUUUGUGCCAAAAAAGAAUGUAAUAUAUGAAAGAGCCAAGUUCAAUCAGCGUGUGCAACUGCUGGGAGAAACGGUGGAUUCCUUUAUCAUUGCUCUAUACGGAUUAGCUGAACAUUGCAAUUAUGGGGAGCUACAAAAGGAGCUGAUACGCGGCAGGUUAGUGGUCGGGCUGAGAAACGUCUCAUUGUCAGAAAAGCUACAGCUAGACAAAGACUUAACACUUGAAACUGCUAUAACAAAGACAAGGCAAUUUGAAGAAGUUAGACGACAGCAGUGUGACUUAAGAGGAGAAAAUGGCGGUGCUAGCAAAUGCUCCAAUGUUGAUGCUGUGCAUGCUGAAAAUGACAAAAAACCCAAAUUUCCCUCAAAGCCUCGGCCGAAAGCACAAACACCAGGCAAAUAUAAACCUAAUACCCGGUUUCAGCAAAGUUCAAAGGCCUGUUAUAGAUGUGGGAAAAUGCCGCCACAUGGAAAAUCAGAAUGCCCUGCUGCAGAUGCUGUGUGUCACAACUGUGGCAAAAUGGGACAUUUUAGCAAAGUGUGCAGAAACGCUGCAAAAUCUCUGAAUGCUGUCACUACAGAAGAUGAAGAGAGUUUAUUUUUGGGAGCUGUGGACGCUGGAAAAGACCCGUGGACAGUGCAGCUACAACCAGAGGCUGUGCCCUUCUCUCUCCACGCACCACGCAGAGUCCCUCUGCCGCUUAUGGGUAAAGUGAAAGAGGAGAUCGACCGUAUGGAAAGGAUGGGCGUAAUCACAAAGAUUGAGGAGCCGACUGAUUGGUGCGCCGGGAUGGUGGUGGUGCCGAAAAAGGGAGGUACUGUUCGUAUUUGUGUGGAUUUCACAAAGAUGAAUGAAUCAGUUUGCAGAGAAAAGUUUAUCCUGCCUUCUGUUGAGCACAGUCUGGGCAUGCUAGCUGGCGCAACAGUAUUCAGCAAAUUAGAUGCCAAUAUGGGAUUUUGGCAAGUACCACUGACAAAAGAGUCUGCCAAAUACACCACCUUCAUCACGCCUUUUGAGCGCUAUUAUUUCAACCGGCUACCCUUUGGCAUAGCUUCAGCCCCCGAACACUUUCAAAGGAUGAUGAUGACAGAAGUGACAGGUGGCCUGGAGGGGGCACUGUGUCACAUGGAUGACAUCUUGGUCUGGGGACAGACGCAGGACGAGCAUGAUAGGCGGCUACAUAAGGUGUUAGAGAAGGCACAAAAGGCAGGCAUUACGCUAAACAUGGACAAAUGUGAGCUCACACGCCAUACAGUCAAAUUCCUGGGUCAUGUGAUUUCAGCAGACGGAGUGAAGCCAGAUCCGGAAAAGACAAGAGCAGUGCAAGAGAUGGACCCACCUAAAAAUGUUAGCGAACUCAGAAGUUUUCUGGGCAUGGUCAACCAGCUCGGCCGCUUCUUGCCUAACUUGGCCGAAAAAGACAAGGUGCUAAGAGACCUGCUGUCCAAAAAGAACCACUGGUACUGGGGGACAGAACAGCAGGCCGCAUUUGACCAUUUAAAAACAGAGCUGUCAUCCACACCAGUGCUUGCACUAUACAACCCAAACAGUGCACUAAAAAUUUAA